CGGCGGCGGCUCGGCGAGGGGAAGGGCGAGAGCGGCAGCCGGAGCGGGGGGGACCGCGGGGCUCCGCCGCUCCCGCCGCCGCCGCCAUGGCGGGCGCGGCCCCGGCCCCGCACCGCGACCAGGACCACGACCAGGACGCUUCGGCGGCGGCGGGCGAGCGGCCGCACCUCUCGGCGGCGGCGCUGGCGAAGAUUGAGCGGAACCGGCAGCGGGCGCUGGCACUGCGGCAGGCGCGGCUGGCGGCCCGGCCCUACCCUGCCGCAGGCGGCGGCGGCGCGCGGGCGCGGGCCCUCCCCAAGGUCGUGGACACGGGAGGGGGAUUCUUCCUGGAACAGGAGGAGGAGGACGAGGAGAAGAAGGAAGAGCCCGGCGCCGGCGAGAAGAUCGUGCACACACCCGCACCCGUACUAGAAUUUGACUAUCUCAUCUGUGGAGACUGUGGCAAAGAAUUCAUGGACUCCUACCUUAUGCAGCACUUUGAUUGGGCAACAUGUGAUAAUUGCAGAGAUGUUGAAGAUAAACAUAAGCUUAUAACAAGGACAGAAGCAAAAGAAGAGUAUCUCCUUAAAGACUGUGACUUAGACAAGAGGGAACCGGUGCUCAGAUUCAUUGUGAAGAAAAACCCUCAUAAUUCACGAUGGGGUGAAAUGAAACUUUAUUUAAAACUGCAGGUAAUCAAGCGUUCACUUGAAGUGUGGGGUAGCGAAGACGCAUUGCAAGAAGCAAAGGAGCUCCGCCGUGACAGCAGAGAGAAGAUGAAACAGAAGAAGUUUGAUAAGAAGGUUAAAGAACUGCGCCGAGCUGUGAGGAGUAGUUUGUGGAAGAAAGCAGCUACUAUCCAUGAGCAUGAGUACGGACCAGAAGAAAACAUAGAUGAAGACACAUAUAAAAAGACAUGCACUGUAUGUGGCCAUGAAUUAACUUACGAGAAGAUGUAGUGUUAAUCUGGGUUUUGGGGUUUUUUUGGUGAUUUGGUUUUUUUGUUUUGUUUUUAAUGGUAUUUUGUAUUAAAGUCAAAUAAAUGCUAAUUAUGACCAAGCUGUUGCCAAA